GAUGACUUCAGACACACUUACGUCUGCCCCCUAUGACGGACUUGCUCGAUCCCGCUGCACUCACUAGUCUGCUGAAAACACUUCUUCCAGGAGAAAACAAAAAGCUGACAUCUACUCAUGAUGGAAUUGCUGCUCUCGUACACACAAUUUUGUCUGCCCUUGCCUUCCGUUUGAUUGCACUUGAUGACACUUCACCUCCGGCGACUUACCAAAACAAUGUCUUGCCUGAAGACUGGAAUACUCGUGGCUUAGUGGACCGCACAUUUCGCUACAGGCAUGAUCAAAGCAGCUUGGAAUUUCUCAUCAAGAUCAUUAAACUCGGUCAGCGCACUUUGAUCAAUGCUAUUGCCCUCGAGAGCGACAGGGCGUCGUCUCUCGACAUCUCUACCGAUGAUUUCGUAUCUCCUUCGUUUUAUCCACAUGAUCUGGCAUCUCAAGAUGAACCUCCACUCGUCCACGGAUUUAUUUCCUCGAACCGUAUAGCGGAUUUCGUUUCACAGUUCAAGUUGAAGAUUGUUCAAAAACUCGUUCCCGGCUUGCGCAAGGAUGGCUAUACGGAGGUACAAGAGUCUGCGGAAUCUCAACGACCAGAGCCAUCCAACGCCCCUCGUGCUCAGCAACCCCCUGGCCGGCCCGAGACUGACAUACCUCCCUAUCAACCCCCGCUUACGCAGCCCAGAAACCCUCUUGAGAUAGGGCGCCGAGAUUUGGAUCCUCUGGGUGGGCACGCAAACCCCUUCGCUCCGCCUCCGCUGUUUGGGCCCAAUGGUGGCGACGGGAUGUUCGUCGGACCAGAGCAUCCCAUGUUUGGAGGACGAGGAGAGCUACGUGGGCCAUGGGGUGGUGAUGGAUACCUGCCGCCGAUGGGAGCACCUCCGGGUGCGCGGUUUGACCCUGUUGGGCCUUUGAACCCUCCAUUCGGUGGGAUGCCUCGACGAGGCCCCCGGCCGCCCGGUAACUUCAAUGACCCAGAUAAUGAUGAGUUUAUGCCCCCAGGAGCGGGGGACAUGUUUAUGUGAGGUAUCGGAUUCAAUUGUAAGCUAAGAAAAAGUGAAUGCCGCGAGCGAGGUGGACGUGUGAUAGACGAUAUCGAUAUCCGAUGUACUGUAAUUUGCUUGGGUAUUUUGACAACGUUAUAGUCUGC